UCUUGAUGCAUCUAAUUUUAACGUAUUUCACACAUCGUCCCUAAAGCAUCAAGAUCUUUACGCAAAAGUCGAUCACUCAGUAAAAAGGACUGGUUUUUUACAGCUGUACCCAUGGCGGUUGUCCGGCUUUUAGUUGCUGUUACUAUCGUUGGACUGGUCCAAUCGAUACCUCUAGAAAGCUUCUUUAAGGAAGACGAUGACAGCUUAUUAGUUAGRAAUAUUCGAGCUCCAAAGAGACUCAAGUCUAACUGUGGGAGUAAUCUACAAGGAAAGACUGGAGAAGUCACCUCACCAGGUUUCCCGUCCCCCUACCCCACGGGAUCUACGUGUGUCUGGACGAUAAGAGUCGAUUCCAAGAGCGCGAUUGMAUUGAAUAUCAAAGAGAUGGACAUCGAACGAAGCAAGAAGUGUCGAUACGAUAGUCUAACGAUGUAUGAUGGCGCUAAUUCCAAGGGACCUGAGCUAGUUCACCUGUGUGGAUCCAAGAAACCCAAGACUUCCAUCCGUUCAUCGGGCAACAGUCUUUACAUCGUAUUCACAUCUGAUGAUGCUGAUACUGGUAAAGGCUUUCGAGCAACUUGGAAGGCUGUAUCUAGGAAUAUAAAAUGUGGUGGUAAAUUCACCAACUUGACGGGAGAUAUCUCUAGUCCUCACUUCCCUAACAACUACCCUGCAAAUGUAGACUGUGAAUGGAUUAUUACAGUACCAAUAACCCACUCUUUGACGCUUUCAUUCGAAAUCUUCAACGUUGAGCAGAGCGCCAAAUGUUCGUACGAUAACGUGGAGAUUUGGGAAGGAACAAAAAAGAACUCUCCCUCGCUUGGUCGUUUCUGUGGCACCAACUCACCAGGAGUGAUCAACGCACAAGGCACAACAUUAAGAAUCAAACUCCAUUCAGAUGAAUCUGACACAGCACAAGGAUUCAGAGCGGUGUGGACCUCGAGGAGCCUUUCUGGAAAACAAACAGGUGGGCGUCUGUGUGGUACUAGUGCCGUUGGGACACGUAUUGUGGGAGGCGUGGUUGCCAAGGCAGGGGCGUGGCCAUGGCAGGUUGCGUUUCUAUGGAACAAAGGAUACGAUAAGAAUGUGCAGUUUUGUGGUGGUUCGCUCAUCGAUCCAGAAUGGGUCUUGACUGCAGCUCACUGCUUUGAGAUCACUAAGGAUAAGACCAUGUAUAAACUGAGAUUAGGAGAGCAUUUGUUGAACGAGACAGAAGGAACCGAACAAGAUUUCUUGAUCGACAAAUAUUACAUUCAUCCUAAGUACAAUGAGCACACGACCGAUAACGACCUUGCGCUCAUCAAACUAGAUAAGCCAGCCACUCUCAACAAGAGAGUAAAUACAAUCUGUCUUCCUGAAGCAGAUGACGAGUUUGACACUGGUACCCUGUGUACUAUCAGUGGAUGGGGUGCGUUACAAGAGGGGGGUAUCACCUCCAAGGUCUUGAUGCAAGCCAAAGUACCAAUUGUAUCACGUGAUAUAUGCAAGCACGAGCAGUCGUAUGGAGAGAAGAUCACCCCUAACAUGUUAUGCGGUGGAUUACGACAGGGUGGGGUUGAUUCGUGUCAGGGCGAUUCCGGGGGGCCAUUUGUUUGUAGAAAUCCAGAAAAUCCCAAACAGUGGAGCCUUGUUGGGGUGACCAGUUGGGGCAAGGGAUGCGCCAGGGCUUUGAAAUAUGGUGUUUAUGCAAAUGUCAGGAAGYAUCUUCCUUGGAUCAAUCUACUGACUGGAAACAUGCCAACAUCCUCCCCCGGAUCGACUGUUAACACAUCUGAUUCUGUGUUGACGUUACCACCUCUUCCAGGGGGAGGCGGGGAUACCAUACCAACUCUACCCCCGUUACCUGGUUUACCUUAGACCUACAUGCUCCCCCCGUACUGACUGUACCUUGUUCGUCAUGUUACAAUUCACUAACACCAAUAAAAUUAUGCAAUGUGUGAGUGCAAUGA